GGCGGCCCGCGCCUUUGCAACGUGCUCGAUGCAUCCGGAGCCCGCCCCGCCCCCGAGCAACAACAGCCCCGAGCUUCCCCUGAGCGGCGGUAGCACCACCAGCGGCAGCCGCCGGAGCCGCCGCCGCAGCGGGGACGGGGAGCCCCCGGGGUCCCCGCCGCCGCCCCCUGCUGUCACCUACCCGGACUGGAUCGGCCAGAGUUACUCAGAGGUGAUGAGCCUCAACGAGCACUCGAUGCAGGCGCUGUCCUGGCGCAAGCUGUACUUGAGCCGCGCAAAGCUCAAAGCCUCCAGCCGGACUUCGGCUCUGCUCUCCGGCUUCGCCAUGGUGGCGAUGGUGGAAGUCCAGCUGGAUGUUGAGCAUGACUACCCGCCAGGCCUGCUCAUAGCCUUCAGCGCCUGCACCACCGUACUGGUGGCCGUGCACCUGUUUGCACUCAUGAUCAGCACCUGCAUCCUGCCCAACAUUGAGGCUGUGAGCAACGUGCACAACCUCAACUCAGUUAAGGAAUCACCCCACGAGCGCAUGCACCGCCACAUCGAGCUGGCCUGGGCGUUUUCCACCGUCAUUGGGACGCUGCUCUUCCUGGCUGAGGUCGUUCUGCUCUGCUGGGUCAAGUUCCUGCCCCUCAAGAAGCAGCCAGGCCAGCCACGGCCCACCAGCAAGCCUUCAGUCGCUGGGGUUCUCAACAACGCCAGUGGCAUCACCCCAGGCCAGGCAGCCGCCAUUGCCUCCACCACCAUCAUGGUCCCCUUCGGCCUGGUCUUCAUUGUCUUUGCUGUCCACUUCUACCGCUCACUGGUCAGCCACAAGACAGACCGGCAGUUCCAGGAGCUCAAUGAGUUGGCUGAGUUUGCACGCCUGCAGGACCAGCUGGACCACAGAGGGGACCACCCCCUGACACCCGGUAGCCAUUAUGCCUGAGCCCUUGGGGGCCUGGGCAGUUCGGAGCUUUGGCCUGAGCGCCCCUUUCCCAUGGCCUUGUCCUGCCCCUGCCUCAGGAGCAGUUUGUACAGGGGGCUGGGCUCCCAUCCAGCGGGCAGAGAGUGGAGGCAAGAGGGUUUUUAUGAGAAAUGACUGCAUUUUGAAACUUGCCUC